AUGGAGGACGACAGUCAGCACAGCCACAAGACGGAAAAGAGUUCCGCUGUGUCCAUCACGCCGUUCUCCAUAAACGACAUUUUGAGCGACAAAAAGGACAGCAAGGGUGAUGAUAGUGAUGUGCAGGAAUCGGCUUUGGAUAUGUCGAGGGCCCACAGGAGCGACGAUGAGUCCCUGUCGGGGCUGCCACAGCCGCCCCUGACUCCCGGCUACGCGUCCCCCCACCAAUCGGAGGACGGCUGCCUCCGAGACUCGGGCCAACCGGCUGGCGGCCGCAAGAAGCGGUCGCGGGCUGCCUUCACGCACGCGCAGGUCUUCGAGCUGGAGCGCCGUUUCAGCCAGCAGCGGUACCUCAGCGGGCCCGAAAGGGCCGACCUGGCCGCCGCUUUGAAGCUCACAGAGACCCAGGUAAAGAUCUGGUACCAGAACCGUCGAUACAAAACCAAGAGGAAGCAACUCCAAAUGCAAGAAUCCAAUAUGCUGGGCCAAAACGCCAAACGCGUAGCCGUCAAAGUGCUCGUCAAAGACGACAUGCCCAUUUUCCUUCAACAAAAAACGCCCAUCUAUCAGAAAAACGGGUACUACUCCGAACCGAGCAAGAGCGACUUCUUCGUAUACGAUCAGAUCAGCAAAGGGCUAGUCCAAAAGUAUCCCAAGACCAUCCAAGAGUCUAUGCUGACGCUUUGUCAGCAAUAUUCGAAUUCUAUGCACUUAUUUCCUUAUUUUAACUACUACCACCCGUCACUGAUCAGUAAUUUAAGUCAACCAGAAGAAGAAGUUAGUAAUUUAGAUGGCAGGGAUAGAGAGCAAAACUAGAAAUAGAAG